AAGAGAGUAAGUAUUUAAAAAGUGUGUUUGCAACAAGACGACGGAGGUCACUAUCUUAUGUUACUUGACAGCACAAUGCAGGCUCGGAUCAUUUUUCUGGCUAUUUGUUUAAUAGCCCCAUCGGCUCUGUCUGCACCAUCAAAACGAGGCUUUUGUCUGUCGCUAUGUGACUGGCAAAACAACUACACCUGCCCAUCUGGUUAUGAGUGCCGAUCUAACGGCUGUGGUCAUCAGUGCUACAGGACAACCUUCGUGCAGCCCCCAGGUUGCCCGGAAGUCACAUGUGACUACGUCUGCCCUAUGGGAUAUGUUCGAGACGAGCAAGGAUGUGAAUCGUGUUCAUGUAUCUUAGGCGCUAACGCAAUUAUAGGAAGUUGAGAAUUGCCUACAUCCGUGAAAGCUGAAUCUACCGAGAAUGUGAUUGCCUAAAAUACCACGAAAUAAAAAAAAAAAAAAAAAAAAAAACUUCGGCAGC